AUGACAUGAGGAUUAGUAACGGCUCUGAUGGAGACACACACUCAGGUGAAGCUGAAGUUACGUCACACACUCAGGGUGGAGACUUCACCUGUUUGACAAUCUCUGGACUUUAACACUCGCGCUCUGACACGGACUCUGCGCUGGAGUAUUAAGGAGAACUUCAUAUCGACAGCUACUUCUGGCAUUUCUGAAUGAGAAGUUAAGGCUUGUAUGAAGGAGCUGGACUCUUCAUGUUGUGAUUAUCCCUCAUCGAGAUGCCACUCUGGACGUCCCAACAGCGCAAACCAGCACCGCUCAGAUGGAGAGCGUCCAGCCGCGGAAACAGGGUUUCCCUCAACAUGAUCAGCCUUCCUCUGGCAGACUUCAGACACCUGUCCCACAUCGGGCUGGAUGGACACACGGACAGUUUCGGAGAUCUCUCCUUCCUGAAGGAGGGCCACAAUCUCCUGCAUCAGAGCUCAAGGAGUGAGCAGAAUCUGUUUCUAGCUUGCGCACCGCCACCAAAACCACCCCGGGUCAACCUAGAGGAGCCAAUCUGGGAGAAAACUGCAUCCGAGUGUAGGCAGAAGAGCAGCUCUCUCCCCCUGCUGGACAUGGAGGAUGAGGAUGAAGAGCAAUGUCCGAAAACACUGAUAAACACUGAUCAGACGCAAACUGACCAGAUAAAGACUGAUCAGACACAGAGUGACCAGACUGAUAGCGCCUUCACCUUCAGCCUGGAUUUGGGACCCUCCAUACUGGACGCUGUACUGCAGGUGAUGGAGAAGUCCAGUAAUAGACAUUUAUAGAGCUGCACAAACACCUGAACUAUGAACUAUGACAGUGAAAUGAAAACGCUGUCUGACACAGACUGAUCAGACACAGACUGAUCAGACCGACAGACACCUUUAGUCUGGAUUUGGGACCCCCCGUGAACUAAACCUACAAUAGUUUGUAGUAAUACGUAAAGGGGGCCUAUUAUGCACAAACCAUACACAUAAGGGGUUUAACCCCAUUGUGUGUCAGCAGUGUGUGAAUAUCUCCAGCCUCUAAUGGUAAUGUUUAAUGAAUUAAUUGUAUUUUUUAUAAUCAGACUUGAUAAAAGAAAGUGUCAUCAGAGGGGGAAAGCCCGGCCCACUAGUGCCCAUCUCUCCCUCAUUAGCAUAAACAGCAGCCCUGAGUGAGAAGCAGCCGUCUGUCCAUUAGCCAUUAGAGUGUUUGAGCUGCUGAAGAUAAUGUCAGCAUAGACUAAGAGGAUUAUAGAUGUGGAGUUUUAGAUGAACAGCAACAGGAGCGACAUAGACUGACACAAGCAUGAAGCACACACUCACACUGAAGCACACACACAAACAUGCCAUCUGUAGCUCCGCCUUCUCUUGAAAAGAGCACAAUCUUAUUUGAAUUUAAAGCGACAGUCACCAAAACAUUGGUAACACUUCACUUGAAGGGGUGUUCAUAAGACUGUCAUGACAUCUUUAUAACCAUGACAUGACAACAUGAAUAUGAAGGUGAUUUUAUGCAUGCUUAUGACAAAUGUUAUUAAGUGUCAUUCACUCAGUUAAACCAUCUUAAAUACAAAGAUAACACUGUUUGAGAUGUCGGUGAUAUGACAUUAGCAGGACAACAUAACCUGUCAUUAACAUGAUCGUCAUGAGGCAUUAUAAUUGUGUCAUGAAUAUUUUUCUGAUCCCUUUUCCAGUGGAACAAACUGUAUUUGUUAUAAAAAUUUAAUUUUAUAACAGCUUCAUAAUUGUUUUGCGACAUUUUAAUGACAAGUGAAGUUUCAUAAACUAAUUUGGAGAGGAGCACGUGAUAUGAUUGAGUACGUCUGGUCGCUCAUCUGUAAUCAGUAAUAAUCCAAUCAGAGUGAUCCUAGUUUACUAUAAAUGGAUCAUUUUCUCCCUACUGCUCUAUCUUCGAUUGGAAGAAUCCCCCCUUCCACCCCAUCUCCUCCUUUUCCUGAGAGGGGGAGCUCUCGAGACCUACCUGAUAUGUUUAUUGACCGGGCGGGAGCCCUGGGCUCAAAUAUCUCCGAGCUCAGGGUUCUCUCCCGGGACAGCAUGCCAAACCUGUUUAAUACGCCAAGCAUAUCUAAGUGGGAACUCUUGAAAUCUAUUAUUUGCACCACUGUAGUUGUGCUCACGAAAAAAAAUUAUGAUGUUGUAUUAUUAUACCUACAACAUGAUUUUUUUUUACAUUUGUCAACAUACAAUAAUUACAUUCAACAUUUUAUUUUCAUUUGAAUAUACCUGUUUUCUAUAGCAAUUCAUUUUUAAACACAGCAGGGAAAUAAGUAUUGAACACGUCAUGUUUUUUCCUGGGAAUAUUAUUUCUAAAGGAGCUGUUAACAUGGAAUUAAAGCAGAUUUUGGUGAAAACCCAAACAAUACAAACAUAAAAAUAAAACAAAACUCAAACAAUCUGAACAAAUGAGUUGUGUGUAAUAACAACAGAGUGGCAGAAAGAGAAAGCACUGAACUACUGAAAUGCAUUUAACACUUUAUGUAAAAGUCUUCUUUAAUGCUGUCAGCUUAAAGCCGCCUCUCAUAUGGAUAAUAAAGCCUCAUGCAUUGCUCAGGUGUAGGUUUUUUACAGACUUUAACAGAGUAUGUAAAUCUUGAUGGUUCUGUGGGUCUCGCCUAUCAAAUCUGAGCUUUAUUCUGUAUUUUCUACUGGAUUUGGGUCAGGUGAUUGGCUGGGCCAUUCUACAGCUUGAUUUUCUUUCUCUGAAAGCAUCUGAGAGUCUCCUCGGCUGUGUUUUGGAUCAUUGUCUUGCUGAAAUGUCCACCCUGGGUUCAUCUUCAUCCUCCUGCUAAUGUAGAUGUUGGACUGAAGCAGCUGAUAUUCAUUUACACUGAGGAAGGGCAGAGGAGUGCUGAAGAACUACUGAGAGAUUUCAGCUGCUGCCUGGGCUUUCACUGCCUUUUUACAUCUUCCUUUCUUCAUCUGUUCAAUACUUUUACUCGUGCCAUUUCAUUUGAUUACACAGAACUUCAUUUGUUCUAUUUAGUUUUGUUUUCUUUGCAUAUAUGGAUUUAUUUAGUUGUUAUCAACAUCUGGGGAAAAUUUCAAGUCAACAGCACCUUUAGACAUAUGUUUUCUGAAAAGAAUGGUGACAUUUUCAAUACUUAUUUCACCCACUGUACGUUUUUUUUCUGUGAUGCAAAACAAAAUUUGAUGAUCCAGAAACGUUUGUUAUUAUUAUUAUUAUUAUUAUUAUUAUCAUUAUUAUUAUUAUUGUUGAAAACAUAUUUUUUGUGGAAAAUGUGAUAUAUUUAUUUUUUCAGGAUUAGCAGAUGAACAGAAACUUCAAAGGAACAUUUCAUACCAUUAUAAAGUCUUUACUGUCAUUUAUGAUUAAUUUAGUGCAUCGCUGCCGAAUACGGCUGUAUGUUAUUAUUUCAACAACUAAAUAUAUACAAACGCUGUUUAUUUUUAUAUUUGUUUUCUUUUUAAUAAUUGUAACUAUUUGAUCAUUUUCUGGGGCGGCACGGUGGCUCCAUGGUUAGCCCUGUGGCCUCACAGCAAGAAGGUCGCUGGUUUGAGUCCCGGCUGGGCCAAUUGGUAUUUCUGUGUGGAGUUUGCAUGCUCUCCUCGUGUUGGCGUGGGUUUCCUCUAGGUGUUCCGGUUUCCCCCACAGUCCAAACACAUGCGCUAUAGGGGAAUUGAUGAAGUAAAUAGUGUAUGAGUGUGUGAAUGAGUGUGUUUGGGUGUUUCCCAGUACUGGUUUGCAACUGGAAGGGCAUCCGCUGUGUAAAACAUAUGCUGGAAUAGUUGGCAGUUCAUUCCUCUGUGUUAACCCCUGAUAAACAAAGGGACUAAGCCGAAGCCGAUGAAUAAAUAAAUAAUAAUAUUGUAAA